GUCAUGGUCAACGCCGCCCCGGGCCCCGCCACCCCAACCGCCGCGGAAGCAGCGCUGUCCGCGCCUGCGCACGACUCCCCGACAGCGCGCCGAACUAGCGCGUCAUCGCUGAGCGCCUUGUGCGCGUCAUGGCUGCGCGUGCAGACGUGCGUCAUCGCCGCGCGCCGCGCCGAGCGGAUCUCGGAGUCGGUGGGUGCAGAUGGCGGCGGCAGUUGCGGUGGCGGAGGGGGACAGCGACUCCCGGCCCGGACAGGAGUUGUUAGUGGCCUGGAACACCGUGAGCACCGGCCUGGUGCCGCCGGCUGCGCUGGGGCUGGUGUCUUCCCGAACCAGCGGUGCAGUCCCGCCAAAGGAAGAGGAGCUCCGGGCGGCGGUGGAGGUUCUGAGGGGCCACGGCCUACACUCGGUCCUGGAGGAGUGGUUCGUAGAGGUGCUGCAGAACGAUCUGCAGGCCAACAUCUCCCCUGAGUUCUGGAAUGCCAUCUCCCAAUGCGAGAACUCUGCGGAUGAGCCCCAGUGCCUUCUGCUGCUCCUUGACGCUUUUGGCCUGCUGGAAAGCCGCCUGGAUCCCUACCUGCGUAGUCUAGAGCUGCUCGAGAAAUGGACUCGCCUGGGCUUGCUAAUGGGCACUGGUGCUCAGGGGUUGCGAGAAAAAGUCCACACUAUGUUGCGCGGAGUCUUGUUCUUUAGCACCCCCAGAACCUUCCAAGAGAUGAUCCAGCGUCUGUAUGGGUGCUUCUUGAGAGUCUAUAUGCAGAGUAAGAGAAAGGGGGAAGGGGGCACAGACCCGGAACUGGAGGGGGAGCUGGACAGCCGGUAUGCCCGUCGCCGGUACUACCGGCUCCUGCAGAGCCCGCUGUGUGCAGGGUGCAGCAGUGACAAGCAACAGUGCUGGUGUCGGCAGGCUCUGGAGCAGUUCCAUCAGCUCAGCCAGGUCUUACACAGGCUCAGUCUGCUGGAGCGGGUCAGUGCCGAGGCUGUGACUACCACCCUGCACCAGGUGACCCGGGAGAGGAUGGAGGACCGUUGCCGAGGCGAGUACGAGCGCUCCUUCCUGCGUGAGUUCCACAAGUGGAUCGAGCGGGUGGUCGGCUGGCUCGGCAAGGUGUUCCUGCAGGACAGCCCCGCCAGGCCUGCGUCUCCUGAGGCCGGCAACACCCUGCGCCGCUGGCGCUGCCAUGUGCAAAGGUUCUUCUACCGCAUCUACGCCAGCCUGCGCAUCGAGGAGCUCUUCAGCAUCAUCCGAGACUUCCCAGACUCCCGGCCAGCCAUCGAGGACCUCAAGUACUGCCUGGAGAGGACGGACCAGAGGCAGCAGCUGCUCGUGUCCCUCAAGGCUGCCCUGGAGACUCGGCUCCUGCAUCCAGGCGUCAACACGUGUGACAUCAUCACCCUCUACAUCUCCGCCAUCAAGGCGCUGCGCGUGCUGGACCCUUCCAUGGUCAUCCUGGAGGUGGCCUGUGAGCCCAUCCGCCGCUACCUGAGGACACGGGAGGACACAGUGCGGCAGAUUGUGGCCGGGCUGACGGGGGACUCGGACGGGACAGGGGACCUGGCUGUUGAGCUGUCCAAGACCGACCCGGCGAGCCUGGAGACAGGCCAGGACAGCGAGGAUGACUCGGGCGAGCCAGAGGACUGGGUCCCGGACCCCGUGGAUGCCGAUCCAGGGAAGUCGAGCUCCAAGCGGCGUUCCUCGGACAUCAUCAGCCUGCUGGUCAGCAUCUACGGCAGCAAGGACCUCUUCAUCAACGAGUACCGCUCGCUGCUGGCCGACCGCCUGCUGCACCAGUUCAGCUUCAGCCCCGAGCGGGAGAUCCGCAAUGUGGAGCUGCUGAAGCUGCGCUUUGGCGAGGCCCCAAUGCACUUCUGUGAGGUCAUGCUGAAGGACAUGGCGGACUCCCGCCGCAUCAACGCCAACAUCCGGGAGGAGGAUGAGAAGCGGCCAGCGGAGGAGCAGCCACCGUUCGGGGUCUACGCUGUCAUCCUGUCCAGUGAGUUCUGGCCGCCCUUCAAGGACGAGAAGCUGGAAGUCCCCGAGGACAUCAGGGCAGCCCUGGAGGCUUACUGCAAGAAGUACGAGCAGCUCAAGGGGUUUGUUUCCAUUAAAAGCUGCCGGAUCCUGGAAGGACUCAGGAGCCCUUGGCCCACAGAGCAGGCCAUGCGGACCCUCAGUUGGAAGCACACCCUGGGCCUGGUGACCAUGGACGUGGAGCUGGCCGACCGCACGCUGUCUGUGGCGGUCACCCCGGUACAGGCGGUGAUCUUGCUGUAUUUUCAGGACCAAGCCAGCUGGACCCUGGAGGAACUGAGCAAGGCGGUGAAAAUGCCCGUGGCGCUGCUGCGGCGGCGGAUGUCCGUGUGGCUGCAGCAGGGUGUGCUGCGCGAGGAGCCCCCUGGCACCUUCUCUGUCAUUGAGGAGGAGCGGCCUCAGGACCGGGACAACAUGGUGCUCAUCGACAGUGACGACGAGAGUGACUCCGGCAUGGCCUCCCAGGCUGACCAGAAGGAGGAGGAGCUGCUGCUCUUCUGGACAUACAUCCAGGCCAUGCUGACCAACCUGGAGAGUCUCUCGCUGGAUCGCAUCUACAACAUGCUCCGCAUGUUUGUGGUGACUGGGCCUGCACUGGCCGAGAUUGACCUGCAGGAGCUGCAGGGCUACCUGCAGAAGAAGGUGCGGGACCAGCAGCUCGUCUACUCGGCCGGUGUCUACCGCCUGCCCAAGAACUGCAGCUGACACACCCGCCUGCCCGCCCGCCCGCCAGGCGCUGCCCUGCAGGUGCUCUUGUCCUCCCAUGCCAGCCCCCGCCCGCCUGUGUCCCAGAAUGCACUGCUCAGGAGCACGCCCACCCCCACCCCCACAGUGUGCAGAUUAAAGCAAGUCAGAUCGUC